AGUGUACAUUGGAAAUAUCAAAAUGCUCGCAUUGAAGCACCUCCUAGCCGGUCUGGCCAUUGUGCCCACCCUCAUCGGGGCAGCACCUGUAGAUGAACGGUGUGACUGCGAAAAGCCUGCUCCGAAGGUGUUUAUCAUCUCAAUGUUCGCCCCCGAAGCAGAAGUAUGGUGGGGGAUCCCCGAAUUCAACCUCCUAGCACACAACAUCAGCAUCCCAGGCCUCUCUCCUCUCUUCCCACACGUCCACUGCACCGAGAACCACGAAAUAUGCCAAUUGAUCACCGGCGAGAGCGAAAUCAACGCCGCCACUACUAUAUCAUCUGUCGCCUUUAGCGACAAAUUCGAUUUAACAUCCACAUAUUUCUUCAUCGGUGGAAUUGCCGGCAUCAACCCAGAAGUCGCAACAACCGGAUCCGUAACAUUUGCCCGUUACGCGAUCCAGGUCGCACUACAGUACGAACUUGACGCGCGGGAAAUACCCUCCAACUGGUCAACGGGAUACUGGGCUCAGGGCUCGUACGGACCAAACCAAUACCCGGAAAGUAUCUACGGCACCGAGGUAUUCGAAGUAAACGUCAACCUACGCUCCAAAGCGGUCGCAUUCGCUCGAAAGGGGAAUUUGACUGAUUCCGCUCAAGCAGCCAGUUAUCGCGCACAAUACCUGCAAGGUGAAGGCGUGAAUAUUUAUCAAGCAGGCGCAAAGCCGCCUUCUGUGGUAGAAUGUGACGUUGCCACGUCGGACGUUUAUUAUACUGGUAAUUUGCUCAGUGAGGCAUUCGAUAAUACGACGAGGAUCUUCACCAACGGUACAGGGACGUAUUGCAGUACUGCGCAGGAAGAUAAUGCGACCUUGGAAGUCCUUACGCGAGCCGCACUACACAAAAAAGUUGAUUUUGCGCGGAUAAUUGUUAUGCGUACGGCGUCGGAUUUUGACCGUCCUUAUCCUGGGGAGGAUGCCGCGUAUCAUAUCCUGUAUGCGAAUCAGGAUGGAUUUGAGAUUGCCAUCCAAAACAUCUACAGGGCUGGUGUGCAUGUUGUGCAGGGGAUUUUGAACGAGUGGGAAGAAACAUUCAAAUGUGGCGUUAAGCCGGAUAAUUAUAUUGGGGAUAUCUUUGGUACGCUGGGUGGAAACCCUAACUUUGGGCCUGGGAGGGAGAUUGCGUUGAAGGAGGGAGGUGCAUUGUUGACGAAGAGGGGUUCUUCAGUCAAGAAGAUGAGGUCUAUGAGGAAGAAGGGCGUUGUUUUGAGGAAGUAGAUUCAUUUCAAGGUUGCAAAGAAAAAUGAAACAGCGUCUAUUAUCAUUAGGUAUCGUGAUUGUAUAGUAUAUAAUAAUACAUGAUCAAGUCUGAAUAUUUACUUCAAGUCUGGGAACAUGGAAGGUGACGAAUUGAUUGGCGGAGUAUGCCUCUGUCCCAAAACCAAAGGAUCCCAUAUAAUCGCUUUCCUUGGGAUAUUCGGUGCCGGUCUUGCUGGUCAGCUCGGUGAUUAGUGGCGAUAUAUCGCCGUAGAACGACUCUAUGUUUUCUGAUGCCACCCAUGUAAAGACGUUUUGCGUCUUGCCGUCUAUAAUGUGUGAGCCGUGAUAUAGGUCG